AUGCACAAAGUAGGUAAAAAAUUUGUGAAGCCUCAGUGCUUGUCCCAGAAGCUGACGGGAUACGAAAGGCAAAGGCAAAAAAGGAUUGAAAUGAACUCAAUGAGAUUAGAGGCUCUUGGCAUACCGGGCAUGUCCAAGGCAUUGUUUGGUUCAAAUCAGAAUGGUAAUAAAGGACUGAACAAGAUUAGCAAUGGCGAUGAUGAUGAAGAGUAUCUGCCAUCUGAUAAUGAAGGACUGAAUUCUUCUAGAGAUGCUGAACUUGUGCCCGUGAUGGCUGCCCAACCUACUCUGCUCCCCACCUUUUCUACCCAGCAAACCCACGAGCUUUCAAGUCCACCUAUUAUUGCCAACAGCGUUUGUCUUAUGGCCUAA